GGUGAGUCCUUGAGUCUUGUGAAUGUCAAUAAUUUCAUUUGGAACGCUGAAGGAUACUCAGAUAGAGUUUGUAUCUAUGUUGACAUUUGUGAUGACUCUAAUAGUUCUAUUACGAAUGAUGUUGCAAAUUAG